CCUUCUGUUGGGGAGAUUGAGGGUGAGUAUUGGCGUAUAGUGGAGCAACCCACUGAGGAGGUAGAGAUAUACUACGGGGCUGAUUUGGAAACUGGAACAUUUGGAAGUGGGUUUCCUAAGGCGUCAACAAUGGUAGCUGAUAAUGAUUCUGAUAAAUAUGCUAGUUCAGGCUGGAACCUGAAUAACUUGCCGCGCCUACCUGGUUCUGUGCUCUGUUUCGAAGGAUGUGAUAUCUCAGGAGUUCUAGUACCAUGGCUCUAUGUUGGGAUGUGCUUUUCAUCAUUUUGUUGGCACGUUGAAGAUCAUCACUUGUAUUCACUGAACUAUCUCCACUGGGGUGCCCCAAAAGUCUGGUAUGGAGUCCCCGGAAACCAUGCUUCUUCUUUGGAGAAUGCUAUGAAGAAGCAUUUACCAGAUCUAUUUGAAGAACAACCAGAUUUACUUCAUGAACUGGUCACUCAGUUAUCUCCUUCAGUUCUGAAAGAUGAGGAUGUACCAGUCUGCCGAGCUGUCCAGCAGCCUGGGGAGUUUGUUCUUACCUUCCCAAGGGCAUACCAUUCUGGAUUUAAUUGUGGUUUUAACUGUGCCGAGGCUGUAAAUGUAGCCCCUGUUGAUUGGUUAGCACAUGGACAGAAUGCAGUGGAACUUUACAGCAAGCAGCAUCGCAAGUCAUCUAUAUCCCAUGACAAGCUGCUGCUGGGAGCAGCUAGAGAAGCUGUCCAGGCCUUUGGGGAGUUGACUUUUCUAGGAAAUGAAACCCCACAAAAUUUGAGGUGGAAAAGUGUGUGUGGAAAGGAUGGAAUACUUACGGAGACAGUUAAGGCACGAGUCCAGAUGGAGGAGGACAGAAUGAAGGAUCUUUCAACUGGUUUGAAGUUGGUAAAGAUGGCAGAAGACUUUGACUCGAAUAAUGAAAAGGAAUGUUUCUCAUGCUUCUAUGAUUUGCAUCUAUCUGCUGCCAGCUGCAAGUGUUCACCUGACAGAUAUGCAUGUCUUCAACAUGUAAGCCUCCUUUGUUCGUGUGAAGAAGAGAACAGAUUUAUCCUCCAUCGUUAUACCAUGAGGGAAUUACACUUACUAGUUGAAGCAUUGGAAGGAGAAACUGAAGCUAUAAAAACAUGGAUAUCCAUAAACCUUGGAUCAGAUUUUGUUGAUGACGAUGAUGCUUCUAACAACCAUGUUUCAUCAGAAGUAACCCAGUCAGAGUCCGAACAUGUGGAUUUUAUUCCUGGUAAUAGCUUAAAUGAUGAUCCAGUCAUGAUGAAGGAAGUGAUGCCAAACAAGAAAAUGAAAUCAAUGCAGGAGGAUCAUCUUGAUUUGAAUCUUGAUUUCACAUCUUCUGGUCAUGGACAGAGCAUUGUGCAUUCAUCCAAUGAUUGUGUUAACGAACCUGGCAAGAACAUGGGAGACAUGCAUAACUUUAAGCAAUCAGAUGCACCAAGAGAAGAAGGUAUAAUGCAAGAUGGAAGUGGUUGUAGUUCCUCUGAGUCGCCAGAAUUCACAAACUCACUUCCAAAUUCUGAACUGCCAUCGAAAUCUGUUUCCGAACAAAAUAUUUCAAUAAAAAAAACAGGUUCUUAUGUGGAGCUUGUAGAUGUUGGUUCUCUUAUGAUUGGAAAGCUAUGGUGCAGCAAGCAGGCUAUCUUUCCAAAGGGAUUCAAAAGCCGUGUUGAGUUCUUUAGUGUGCUUAAUCCGAAAAAAGUUUGCAGCUACACUUCCGAAGUCCUAGAUGCUGGGUUUCUUGGCCCCCUAUUUAAGGUCACUUUGGAAGGAUGCCCUACCGAAAGCUUUUCAAAUGUUUCAGCAGAGAAGUGCUGGGAAAUGGUGUUGCAGCGACUUAGUCAAGAAAUUAAAAGACAAAGAGGAGGAGGAGAAGGUGGAUUUCCUGAUUUGGAGCCUUUUCAAGAAAUUAAUGGGCUUGAAAUGUUUGGUUUUCUGUCCUCGGAUAUAAUUCAGGCUAUUGAGGCUCUUGAUCUGAAUCAUCAGUUGGUUGAGUACUGGGAUCACAAGCACAGAACUUCAGGUAGUACUAGUGAAACUAAAUCCCUACCCGAUUCUAGUUGCUCCUCAGAGGGAAAGAAGGCAAAACUUUUUGGCGUUGAUCUGACAAAGCUGGACCAGAACAAUGAAUCUGUCACAACUGAUCUGGCAAUGUGUCCCCAGAAUAUUCAAUCAAUCGGCUUUCAUCUGACGAGGCCUUGCCAGAAUGAUCAAUCUGCCGACCAGGACAAUCAAUCGGAUGAAGGAGGCCAGCAAUUAGCCAAUGAAGAGAAGAUACAAGUGGGGAUUCGGGGUCUAAUGAAAAAAGCCACUUCAGAAGAGUUAGAGGUGAUGCAUAAGGUUCUGUCAAGUGAGGCACAAAGCAGCGAACGGAGAUUAGCAUUUGCUAUGUUGGCGGACGAGAUCCAUAAACCAUGUAGAUAAAUGCAGCAGGAUGGAAAGGAAAUAAAGAACACAGGUUCCGUCAUUCUUUUCUCAUUCUUCUUCCAUUUGCGCCAGUCCAUUAAUCCCAUUCUUUCCUUUGAUGAUCCCUAGACAAAGAUAGAAAAACGAGUCAGUCAGCGCACACAUUUUGGAACGUGCCAGUUAGAAAUUACAGAGAUGGAGAUGCCGUUAACCAAUACAUAAGGCAGCUUUAUGUAAAUCAGCAGUUAGUUUACUAACAUCAUUUGGAUGUUGUUUUUCGGACAUGUUUUGCCUCCUCUCUGUUUGAAUAAAUUCUGGUAGUCAUUUAAAGUAUGAUCAGAGGUUGUGUACCCAAACAAAUUUCUUCAGGUACAAGGAAAGCUUAUAUAUAUUAAAUCUAUACAUAUGGAAAAAAGAAAGCAGGUGGAAAUUUUGUGGUCA